GUAACCCUCACAGGUCCUGUUUGGAUUCUCCGUCAUUCUCUUUUGGGGCGACUUCAAGCAGGCGACUGGGCUCGACUCUGGCCACUGGUACAUGCUUUAUCUCGAGGUGCUCCUGACCGUCCUGGGAAAAGUGGCUUUGGUAUCCGACCUAUGGACAAAGUACAUCGUGGCCGCCAUCCCUGGCUCCUUCGCGUUCACUAUGCUCUUCCUGCCCUUGUACGCCGUCGUUGCCCCUGCCAUCGGCUUUUCCCUCGAGUAACAAGGGCUGGUCCCGAGGCUCUGGACCGACACCAUGUUGUACUUUAUGCUCCUGCUCGUCCUGGCGUUUGUCUCGGUCAGGACCUGGUAUGGAAGUACUACAAGUGUACGUACAUGCCCGCGUCGUACCACAUCGCACAAGAGAUCCAACAGUACAACAUACCCGACUACCGACCGCGGCAGGAACAGUUCCAAAAGGCGAUCAAGAAGAUGCGCGCGGUCCAGCGCAUGCGGCGCAAUCGUGGCUUUGCGUUCAGCCAGACGGAGAACCCGGGGCGCAAGGACCAGUCGCGCCUCAUUCACGUGUACGACACGUCAAAGUCAGACGCAUGCCCGUCGGAGUAUUUAUUCAGGCAGUUCCUUUUACACUUUUUGGACGAUGCAUGGACAGAUGUACUCUAGUUGUUCUAAUGAUACUCAUGCCAUCUUGCU